UUGGGUAAGAAUGUGACGGAAAUCUACACGCAACUUUCACUAGAGUUGAAACAGGAAAUACGUUUUUGGAAGGCUGCCUAAAACGUAUGAACGUAUGAGCGUAGUUGCUUAGCGUAAAAGGGAGGUGCAGAGCGUGCUUUACUUCACUGUCUCUUUAUCAUUUCAAGACCAUUAGAGCAAUGAGGUCCUGAGUGCAAAGGACCUCUGCCUCAUCUUUCACACUGAAGAGAUCCUGAGAGCCAAGGAACUCUUGAACAGUCUAUCCUUCAUCAAGGAAAAGUUUUGAGUGAAAGGUUUACCUUCAGGUAUUAAUUUUUUCUCCCACCAGUAUCUUGUACCUGAUAACAAUUUGCUUAUUCAGUACCUUUUCUUUGAUAAAAAUCUGUAAAAUGGAGGUUUCUACUGUGGAUUUGAUGCUCCUAACAUUACCUGAAACAUUAAAGGGAGAAGGAGAAAAGCUUAUUGAAAUGUCCAGACUUAUAGAAGAAGAACGAUUAUUCCGAAAUGGAUCAAAGUUUAGAAAACAUUCCAAACCAAGAACACAUGAAGAGAUACAGGAAAAGAGAAUGGAUCAGAAGAAGAAGGCUAGGGAAAGUGCAGAGCCUCUUGCAAUUGCAAAGCUGAUAAUGGAAAUUUGGUCUCCCAAAAUGCGACGUCAUGCAGAAAAAGUAAUAUUGAACCGGGCAGUACAACUGGAUUACCUGAAAGAAUCUCACCUUAGAUGGGUUUAUGUUCUUGAGGAUUGUAUUGUUGAAGAGGCCACAGACUUUGAUUGGGUCAUAGAUGAUCAGGAUGAAGCCAUCAUUGAGCUUAUAUGGAACAGAUUCAAUAUGAAGCAGCACUUUUAUGAUACCUGGUUUCAUCGUCUAUGGAUUCAAAGAUCAUAUGAUCGGCUGAAGACAUUCCUACCACUCCUGUCUGCUGAAAUGAUAAGUCGUCAUGAUCUCAGCAAGUUUGCAUUCAGCCAAGCAGUUGGAUACACACUGAAAUGGGUUCAUAAUGUAUACAAUCAGAUAUGGAAGAGUGCUUGUGAUCUUCACCUGCACAAUGAACCCCAUCAUCCACAUGUCUGGAAGUCUCCUACACCAGAGGAAAAGAAAAAGAAGCUGGAGUGUUGGCUGACAGAUGUAUGUGAUUUUCGAAAUGGCUGCCCAUAUGGCAUUGAUAUUAUAAAUCUUGAUCUACACUCAGAGGAUUUUCCAGAACCAUUUUUACAGGAAAGCUUUUUGGAUAUGGUUGCUGUUGAGUGGGAAAGGAAGAAGGGUCAGCGCCUUGACAUAACUACCAGGGAACUUGUGUACAUGGAUGACAGAUUUUUGCAGAGAUACAGUCCAGUCCAGCAUCAAAUAGUUCAUAAUCUGAUCCAGAGUAUAAUUAUGUCUGACAAAAGCUGGAAUGAUAUUACCCUGUCAGAAAGGGAAAAAAAGUUAUUAUCAACCAUUCCUCAAGAUAGACAUGCAGUUCUUGCUUGUCAGAUUGAAACUCAGAAAAAGGCUGAGGUUGCUAGACAGGUAAAACUUGCCAAUGAGGCUGAGAAGGGCAGUAGUAAAAUCAGUCUCAAACCAAGUGAGGAGAUGAUACAGCGAGGACAUGACAUUGCUUAUUUCAUUACAGUUUGCCGUGUGGUAACAGAAAUCUGGAAUGCUAAAUUCAGGCAGUAUGCAGAGAAGGUUCUGCUAAAAAAAGCUGUAAGUGAGGGUUUCAUUCAAGAAAAACAAGUGAAAUGGGUAUCGGUAUUUCAUCCACCAAUGGAUGAUGAUAGCGAAGAACAAAUUAUGCUGGAUGAUGAUCUUGUACUGCAAAUACUAUGGAAAGAUUUCAACUUGCAAAAACAUUUCAGUGGUGUAAAUUUCCACAGAUACUGGGUAAAGCAGAGUUAUCUGCGGUUAUCACAGUUUAUGAAAGAGUUACCAGAAGAGGUGAUUGAACGUCAUGACCUUACCAAGUUUGCUCUGUCUCAGUCAUUAGGGUACACUUUAAAAUUUAUACAUGAAGUAAACUACCCAGUUUGGCGCAAAGCCUGCAACAUGCAUCUGAAUUGUGAACCACACCAUCCAGAGAUGUGGUCAGGAAAGCACAAGCCUGAAGAUAAACAGUUGUGCUUGGAGAACUGGCUGUGUGCCCAGGCUGGAGGGUACACAUAUGGCUUGGACCUUGGCACACUGGACUUUGCUUCAGAAGAUAUGGCCAAGUUAUUUCUGCUUGAGAGUCUGCUGGACAUGGUGGCAGUUGAGUGGGAGAGGAACAAGGGACAGAAACCAGACUUGACUUACACAGAACUAGUUUACAUGGAAGACAGGUUUUUGGCUCGCUAUUCACCAAAGGACAAAGAUUUCAUUCUCGAGCUGAUGUCCAUCAUUAGACAAGCAGAUACGAAACGUGAUAUUGAUUGAGUAAAUGUAAUUAAAGAGAACUGAAGAAAAUGUGAUAUUGAUUAAGUAAAUGUAAUUAAAGAGAACUGAAGAAAAUUGAGGAAGAAAACUGAUAUUGAUUGAGUAAAUGUAAUUAAAGAGAACUGGAGGAAAUUGAGGGUUGAAUGUAGAAAACAGUUCACAAUACAAAUUUAUUGAAAUGUUAUAGAUAUUUAAGUGCAAGUUCUCAGCUUGACAAUAUUACUUGUAUAUAUAACACAUGCCUGGAAAAUAAUGCAUAUUUUCAGCUACCCAAAUACUAUGUUACCCCUAUCAUUGUCAUUGCAUCUGUAAUUAAAUGUCUCAAACUGUGUUCAUAAACAUUUUCACCACCUUCACCACACAAAUAGAUGUUUAAAAAAAAUUAUUUAUUUGUUUAUUACAUAGUAGUAGAUAAAUAGAUAAAGAUAUAUGAAUAUAUACAUUUGUACUAUGUUUAUAGAUAUAUUAUAUACUAGAAUUGUGAAUAUAUAUUAGACUUGUAUGAAAAAAUAUUGAUACAGUACAAUAAACAUACAUUGAUU